AUGGUUUUCUCGGCUAAUUAUCAGGACUCGCUGAAGCGCCAAAUCAAUGCCUUGUCAGCCCAUCCACUUGACCCUCGUGUGAGGGCUAAACUUUCUGACCUCAGCUACAAGCUCUCCGAUCGUUGUCCUCCUCGCUUCUGUCGGGCCUUCCUGUGGGGUCUGCCCGACAAAGUUAGCAGUAUCGAAGCGGGCUCGGCAAUAAAUGCUAAGACAGGGCACGAAGCAUUCAAGACUAGCCUUAUAUUCACUGGCCAGGGCGCACAGCUUACGGUCGGAAUAGUCGCUACUAUCAGAAUUAACCGAGCCCCGUCCCUCUACGCACCCAAGCAAGCCCAAGUUCUCGCAGCCCUUCGUCACGGCGCUACAGCUCGCCCAGCUAGCGGUCCUCGAGUCUUAGAAUGUGCAGGCACAUAUGAUCUCGUUAGGCUGGAUGUGAAGGCUGUACAUCCCUAUCUAGAUGCUACGUCAGUUGGAGAAGACGUCUUCAUCGCUUACUAUAAUAGUCCUGCCAGUGUCACCGUCUCCGGGUCUUCAGCAUUGCUCGCAGGGUUAGUGGAGACUAUCAAAGCCGAUAGCCUCUUUACACGAAUACUUCAAGUCGAAGUUACUUAUCACUCGCACCACAUGAGAAGUACGGUAAGCCAUCACGGGGACUUGCUAAAACUAUGA